AUGGUUAGUUCGACUGUCGUUUUCGAUAAAAAGUCCGAGUCCGACUCCUCGGCGACCCCCGUAGACGGAGUUCCAGCGCCGCACAAUGAUAGCAGCACUACUACUCUUUCCUCCUCCAUGCCUUUCAGCAGCAACAGCGCGUGUAGCGACACGGCUAGCGUGCGACUAGCACCUAGCGGCGGCGGUGUUGGUGGUGCUGCGGCGGCGGCGGCGAACGAUGAUCCAGCGUCGAUGAGUUUGAGUGAGCAGAAGAUUUUGCUGCUAUUUCCGAAAUGCAAACCGCGCAGUGAGUGUCACUACGUCAUGAACAGUGCCAGUGCGAGUGCCAGUGUCAACGGGAACGGUGGCGGCGGCGGCGGCGGAGGUGUGCCGCUGCACGGGUCCACGCAUUCGCUUUCCCCGUACGCUGCCAUCGCUGCGGCUCGGUCGAGCCCGACUGCCGCCACCACCACGGCCACCGGCGCCGGUGCUGCUUCGAAGCUCAUGUACAUCGAUAAAAAUCCCUACGCUAACAACAAUAGUUCCAGCAAAAGCAACACCAGCUCCAGCACCAACUACCACGCUGCUGUCAGCUACAGCGACUACAGUGCUGUUGCUACUGGUGGAUCCGCCAAGGAAUUGCCGCCCACCAGCGGAGGAAAGGCUUUCCAGCUGAGCUCCUCGGCGUUGGCUGCUGGGCCCGGCGGUAGUGACAAUAAUAACCAGUACAACGGUAGCCCAAUCGCAGCCACCGAACCCGCGGCUGGCAUGAUGAAGGACAAGUACAGUAGCAACCUAAACCACGGCACCAAGUUCGGUCACUCUACCGGCAGCAAGGGUACCGCGGACAUUUACAGCUUCUACUACAACAAUCAACCUCCACCGCUGUCGAGCUCGCCGACCGAAAGCUACCCGUCAAUGGGAGUCGGCGGCGGCGGGGGCGGCGCCGGAGGACUGUUACUCUCGGAGGACGAUGACGACGGUUGCGGUGAGUUUGUGGGGCCUUUAAAAAAACACGAUCCCUCACAAGGCGCCUCCAUCGGCUGGGUGGACAGCGGCGGCGGCGGCGGCGGCGGCGGCGGCGGUGGCGCCGGCAACAACAGUUACUGCCACCUGUCCGUUUCCCACUACCCGAGUGGCAAGCAGAAGGGUGGUGGGGUCACGCAGCCCGUGAAGCAACAGGGCCGGCCGGGCUACAAACCGAUCAGUUGCUACAAUAUGGUGUUACAGUCACCGCUCGAGGACGAGAGCGACAUUGAGGACAAACUGAAGUACUUUAACUAUCAGCACGAGAUGCAAAGCUACGGCGGUAGCGCGGCGCGCAAGGACAAACUGCUCAGCCUCGGACGGCAGGUGGUAGCCCUUGGUGGUGCGGCUAGUGAGAUGCAUUGCGGCGGCGGUGUACACACCGGGAUGGAUGGCAUCAGUAUGAUGGGUAGCGCAAUUGGCGAGAAGAUGCACGAGAAGGGACAGCCAUUGGGGCACAAGUACCAGCAGCAGCAGCACCAGCAGCAGCAGCACGGGGACGGCAGCCUGGAGGAGACCCUGAUUUCGGCGUCACCAAAGGGCAUUCGGCAGCUCGGGCAAAAGUUCGAGCACGUGGUUGGACCACAUGUUGGGCUGAGCGUGGCGGCUAGCCCCAGUGCGGAGUGCGAUGUCCAAGGUAUGAUCGACUUUGCCAACCGGAAGUCAAUCAACCACUCCAAGCCAACCGAGCCGACCGCCAUUGAGCAACGUGACAGUUUGGCCAACUCGGGAUCCAACAUAAUAGAGUACGACGGCUCCCCCCGGCGGUUUGGGCUGAACUUGUGCGACGACACGGACUACUAUUUAGCGUCCAGUGUGAAGAUCAAUCUAACGUCGUCCUCGAUGCUGGCACUGCCCCGGCCGGGCUUCCCGCAGCGGAUAGUGCCGGCGGCCGGCGGCAUCGGUACGGGCAUGGUCGUUUCAGCUGCCAGCCCUAGCGCGAACAUUCUGCGCCAUUCGCCGUCGUUGCUCGAUCAGGUCAACUCUAGCCUAAACAAAACGGUCCUAUUCGACUCGAAGGUGGCUACCGGCCACAAUGAUCCGGCCACGCAAGAUCCGCAAGAUCCGCACAACGAUACGGGUGACACGAGGAGUAGCGCACCAUCGGUGCCGACGCUCGAGAAGAUCCGUUUGAGUGACGAGCUAGGCCUGACCGACGGCAGUGGCAAACUGUCGGUGCCGUCCCCACCGCCGCCGCCGCAGCCGCAGCCGCAGCCGCUCACGAGCUCCUCGACGUUCGACUAUCUGUACGAGUUUUCCGAGACACGGAAGGUGCUGGAGGAAUUUUUCAAGUGCCCUUCGACCGAGGACGUGGAGAAGGUGCUGGAGAAGUUCAGCGACUUCAACGACAGCGGCGACGACCCAGAGAGUCUGGACGUGCAGUACGAGUACCCGGUGGAGCUGGAGCGUGUGCAGGGUGCCCCGCUCGAGACGACCUACAUCGGUACGCAGAACGGUACGAAACCGGAGGCGCGCCACAUGCAGCCCGGUGGUGGUGCAGCCCGGGAGGAACAAGUGGAGGAGGACGAGGAUGAGGAGGAAGACGAGGAGGAGGGGGAAGAGGAGGAUGAGGAGGAGGACGACGACGAUGAUACGGCCGAAAUCGAGGACGAAGAGGAGGACGGACCGACGGAGCGGCGCGGAGAGAUCACCAUGAAGUAUAAGUAUCACCCGAAGCGCAACAAGGCCGGAACCGGGCCGUCUCCCGUGUCGGCGGCCUACGGAGGACUGCGGCGUAAGAAACCGGGUGGGGGUGAGCAGAAACGGAGCCACCACACCGGAGUGGGCACGGAGUAUCCCGUGCCCGUCUACAAGAUGGCCAGCGGGUAUCCUGAGUCCACCACCAAGCAGCAGCAGCAGCACCAAGGCGACUCGAAGGCGUUCGAGCACAACGAGCUGUACUUUAGCUCAUACAUCAACAGCGAGAGCCGCACGAGCAGCUGCGAAGCGAUUCACCGGGACCCGCACGGGUAUGAGGCAAACGGCGGGCCCCUGCUAGCGAACGGUACGGCGGCCAGCAUCCAGCCUGCGCUGGACUACGGCACCGCAUCGAAUGGAACCGCGCCCAACAUCGACGGAAGGAAGGGGUUCGUGCAGCAGAAGUACAGCAAAAACUUUAACUACUCGCCCGACACCACGGAUUACGACUCGAACUGCGGCGAUUACGACAGUGAGAUCUCGCCGCAGUAUGGCAGCGACUUCGGUCUGAUUACCGGCAGCGGUCAUGCGACCAUGUGCGAGGAUUUGAACAACGGCGUCAUCAGUGCCACUUCGGGCGGUGCGCCACCCAACGAGCCUCUGGCCGGCUGUCAGUUCGGGGGCAGCGGUGCAGCCAACUACACGCGCUACUACGCAGCGAUGCCGGUGCUGGAGGAUGGUCUGUCCAGUGGGCACGUUUCGGACUCGGACAACAAUCUCACCAACAUCUCGCUGUCGAGCGUGGCACUCCCCCCCGAUCUAGUGCCGUCGGUGGGCAAGCUGGUCACGGCUGCCACCGCCGCAGUCGCUGAUGACAUGAUACAGCAGUCGGCGAGCGCCACUGGUUACGGUCUUGGCAACACGUUCAGGAUGAGCAACGUUAAACUCAACUCGAGCAUGCUGCACAGUGCGACGAUAUUCAAGAACCGUGAUCCGGAGCUGGAGUCUCUUUACACGAUCAAUACGAUACAGUCGACACCGCCACCUCCAGCACCGGCACCGCACAGGAAAUCAUCCAUCGACUGUGAUAGUUUAUCGACGCAACAACCACAACACUCACAAUCAUCUGCCGGUAUCGAUGUGCAGUCGACACUCAAGGACAUCCGAAUAUGCUUGCAAAGAUCGAGGAACCUUAGUAUGGUAGGCAACAUGCAGCAACAGCAACAGCCGCUGUCGGGGAAAGCGUUCGAGAAGGGAACCAGCAUGUGCACCACGGAACUGGCGGAUUCGAUUGUUCCCAGUCUGUCGCCCAUUUGGAUCCCGCGUUCCGGGCGGGAGUCGCAGGAGCAGGAGCAGUACGGCAGCAAACCGCAGGGCAGUGGUGCUGGGCUCGGCCAGUCCAGCGGUGCCGCAGUAUCAGUGGGGGGCCAGGCCAUGGUCUGCAAACCGCCAGCGGCCCUCGGCCCAAAGUCCUGCCCGGAAGAGAAUGAACUGUUCAUCCAACACUCGGGUCCGGAUAAGGACGCUGUGGGCCUGACGGGCCUGACGGUCGACGACGAAGAGGACCCGGACACGGAUCUCGAAACGGACCGGCUACUCGGACACCAGCGGCUCGACGAUCACGGCUUCUACGACGAGAAGCAAAAGAUGUGGUGCGAGCGCAAGGCCAUCCCGCGGAUGAUGUCACUGGGCAAACUGUCGUCGAUGCAGCAAACCGUGGCGACGACGACAACGAUGGCCCCCGCGGCCACGGGGCUGCUGCAGGUUACCGUGUCGUCGUCCGCGAACGGGGUGGUGGGCGGGAAGGUGGCCGGUGCUAUAGCCGGCGGAACGCGUGCGGCCGCGGGGCAGCUGGCCGCGGCCGGGGUAGCCGGCUUCCUGCCAGGAUCCGCUUCAUCGACACACGCCGCCGUCAUGCAGUCGAGCGGACCACUGCCAGAACUCGUCACAUCGUCCUCGCCAAUCGGUGGCAGCGUGGUGGCGAACGGUGCCGCUACUUCGGCCACCUCGGGCGCCACCUCGGUAAUGGCCAGCUCAGCGACCAACAAUGGCACCGCAUACCAUAAGAGCACGGGCGGCAGUGGUGGUGGCACCGGCGCGGGCAACCUAAUCACCUUUAACGGUCCCAACGACGGUUCUCAGGCACAGGUGCUCGGUGGGAAUGCAGCCAUUUCGCCCAGUCCCAGCCCACAGCACUCGCUGAGCGGCGUAAAUCUGCUAGACAAGUCCAACGGCUCCGGCAGCCCUAGUGGGUCGACCAAGUCGAAGAUGCUGCACCAGGAAACGAAGCGGAAGUCGAAGAACAAAGAAGGUAAGUUGCGCCCGGCAGUGCUCAUUGAAGGCGUGCUAUUCCGUGCCCGCUACCUCGGCUCGACGCAACUCGUUUGCGAAGGACAGCCUACCAAGUCCACCCGGAUGCUGCAGGCCGAGGAAGCCGUCUCUCGAAUCAAGGCGUUGUCUCCCGAUGGCGAAGCGCAACCGAGCACGGAGGUGGACCUGUUCAUUUCGACCGAAAAGAUAAUGGUUCUAAACACCGAUCUGAAGGAGAUAAUGAUGGAUCACGCACUGCGUACCAUCUCGUACAUAGCGGACAUCGGCGACCUGGUGGUGCUGAUGGCUAGACGGCGCUUCGUGCCGCAGGAUAUUGACUCGACUGAUUCGUCCGGCAACGGCGGCGGCGGCGGCGGCGGCGGUGGUAACGGGACGGCGUUGGUGGCGCCGCACAUCAUCGGUGGCAACCACGGUGGCACGAACGGAAACGCGAGCACCCCGGCGCAGAAACCCUCCACAGCGGGUGGGCCGAAGGGAAACCGCACCCCCAAGAUGAUCUGCCACGUGUUCGAGAGCGAGGAAGCGCAGUUCAUCGCGCAGAGCAUAGGGCAAGCGUUUCAGGUCGCGUACAUGGAGUUUCUGAAGGCGAACGGCAUCGAGGACCACAGCUUCAUGAAGGAGAUGGACUACCAGGAGGUGCUCAACAGCCAGGAGAUUUUCGGCGACGAGCUGGAAAUUUUCGCCAAAAAGGAACUCCAGAAGGAGGUGGUGGUGCCGAAGGCGAAGGGUGAAAUCUUGGGUGUGGUAAUCGUCGAGUCGGGCUGGGGCUCGAUGCUGCCGACGGUCGUGAUCGCGAACCUGGCCUCGUCCGGCGCCGCGGCCCGUUGCGGCCAGCUCAACAUCGGUGACCAGAUCAUCGCCAUCAACGGGUUGAGCCUCGUCGGGCUGCCGCUGUCCACGUGCCAGGGUUACAUCAAGAACACCAAGAACCAGACGGUGGUCAAGUUCACCGUCGUCCCGUGCGCACCGGUGGUGGAGGUGAAGAUCAAGCGACCAAACACCAAGUACCAGCUGGGAUUCAGUGUUCAGAACGGUGUGAUUUGCAGCCUGCUACGGGGUGGAAUAGCGGAACGGGGCGGUGUUCGCGUCGGCCACCGGAUCAUCGAGAUCAACAAUCAAAGCGUUGUUGCGGUGCCCCACGAAAAAAUUGUAAAUUUACUCGCAACUUCUGUUGGUGAGAUACUCAUGAAAACCAUGCCGACAUCAAUGUUUCGUUUGCUGACCGGCCAGGAGAACCCAAUUUACAUAUAA